AUUGGAUAAGUAUAAUUUAUGUUUCGCAAUGGGUGGGGUGGCCGAACGAACUAACGCAUAUGCAAUACUCGUGUUAUCUGGCAAAAUGAUAAUCUGUUAAGGUUAAGUUAAGGGCUAGGCUGUUCGCAUUCACACGAAAUUAUAAUUAUCUACCACAAAACUAAUUAAGUUAUAUUUUCACUACCUCAUACGAAGAUUUUACAUAUUCGAAAUGACUGGAGCAGUUACGAGACAGGAGCUGAACAAAACGAUUAACGAAACGAACUCCGUGGUGAGAGUGGAAGAGACAAACGCCAUCCAGCUCGCCUCGGUGGAUGCCUCGCUAAGAGCCACCGGUCCAUCGCCACCAAAAGAAGAAGUGGACAAACUCGAUCCGAUCUAUCUGUGGGAUGAUCUGUACGAUGCCAACAUGGCCGCAUCGACUAUAAAUGAAGCAAUUGAAGAAUUCAAUCAAUGUCUGAAUGUUGCAUCAAGUGAUGAAGUUUGUAAAUAG